AUGCAAAAAGACGCUCCAGCUCACCUUGACUUGAUUGCGAAGAGUGCUCCUAAUGCCCUGGAUAGAAGUUCUACAUCCACUGUCCCUCAAAGUUCAGGCGAAGAGCUUCAUCUCUCUUUCUCGCUAUCCCUAGAUUUGAUUCUCAUGGCUCAACUUUUGAGCGAGAACAAAGAAAUCAGACGGCUUGUCUCUAUCGAAGAUCUCAUUGAUUUCUCGGAAAGAUUUCUUAUUAUCCUCUGGUCUCCUCUAGCGAAGAACAGUCCCAAAAAGUCGACGGGGUUUCGGGUUUAUCUGAAAAAUAUCCUUCGAAGAUCUCAUACAACAUAUCAUACACUCAUCGCGGCGUUCUACUAUCUAGCUCUCUUGCGGUUCACGAUUAGGCAAAAAUUCCCCAUUGAGCCGUUUGAAGUGCCCAAGGAGCUUCAGCCUCUACAGUGUCAGCGGCGGAUGUUCCUCGCAGCUCUCAUGCUGGGUUGGAAGUUCACUCAGGAUUAUGGGCACUCGACGCGACGCUGGGCAUCCUUCUCUUGUCUAAGAGAAAAGGAGCUCAACAAAAACGAAGGAUUGUUUCUUUCAGUGAUCGAUUGGCGCCUCUUUAUAUCGCACGCAAUGUUCUCUCACUGGAAGUCAGAGGUACUGUACUAUGUUCAAAAUCCAGAUGUUGCUUUAGCCGAGUUCACCUCUUUCCAGUGA